ACCAAAGGAACUCAUCUUUGUUUUUCCUGUAUGAUCCCGGCCUGUCUCAAGGGAUCUAUCCACCAAAGGGCCAUUUCGAUUCAAUCCUAUCUCCUCAUGUGCACUUGACUGGCUGAAUUGCGGUGGAAAUCAUUGUUCCGCCGCCUCCUCACAGCUCUAGGCUGCCAGGCUCCAACAGCUAGAGCUGCCUUAGCUACAAUUUGAGCUGCCUAAGCAGACCACGUCGAGAAGCUAGGGUGAAGCUAGUUUGGAGAGUGAGGUGACAGAGGACGAGACGACAAACCGCAAAUAUGCCCGCAAAAUCACGGUUCACCCGCCUAGACGCCUUUACGAAGACAGUUGAGGAUGCGCGGAUUCGCACCACAUCUGGAGGCAUCGUCACGCUUGCCUCACUGUUUAUCAUUUUCUGGCUAAUAUGGGGAGAAUGGGCCGACUACCGGCGGAUUGAAGUACACCCGGAACUGAUUGUGGAUAAGGGCCGAGGCGAAAGAAUGGAGAUUCACCUAAACGUUUCCUUUCCGCGAGUCCCUUGCGAGCUAUUGACAUUAGACGUCAUGGACGUCUCGGGCGAGCAGCAGACCGGCGUCAUGCACGGUGUCAGCAAGGUCCGCUUGUCGUCCGUGUCAGAGGGAAGCAGAGUGAUUGAGAGUAGCGCACUUGAUUUACACUCGGACUCGACAAAAGCGGCUCACCUGGAGCCCGACUACUGCGGUAGCUGCUACAUGGCUCCGGCCCCCGCAAAUGCCCAGAAACCCGGAUGCUGUCAGACCUGCGACGAGGUGCGCGAAGCAUACGCCACCAAAUCAUGGGCCUUUGGCAGAGGCGAGAAUGUUGAGCAAUGCGAGCGGGAAGGAUACGCGCAGCGUCUGGACGCCCAGAGACAAGAAGGAUGCAGAAUUGAAGGCGGUUUGCGUGUGAACAAAGUCGUGGGCAACUUCCACAUUGCUCCCGGCCGCAGCUUCAGCAACGCAAACAUGCAUCUGCAUGAUCUGCAAAACUAUCUCGCUGACCAAGGCAUUCACACGUUUUCGCAUCACAUCCAUCAUCUGCGGUUUGGCCCGCAGCUGCCCGACUCGUUGACGAUCGGAAGCGGCGUAAACAUGCCUUGGACGAACCACCAUCUGAAUCCGCUUGACGACACUGAGCAAGUCACCGAUGACUCGCUGUUCAACUACAUGUACUUCGUCAAGGUCGUUUCCACUGCAUAUCUUCCCCUUGGAUGGGAGCGCCAAGCCCGUGUCAUGUCUUCAGCCGAUAAUGCCGCUCUUGGUGCCUAUGGCCAGGGCACCGAUGGCAGCAUUGAGACGCAUCAAUACUCUGUGACUAGUCACAAGCGUAGUCUUAAUGGCGGUGAUGAUGCCAAGGAGGGGCAUCAAGAACGUAUCCAUGCCCGGGGCGGUAUUCCCGGCGUUUUCUUCUCUUACGACAUAUCUCCGAUGAAAGUCAUCAACCGUGAAACUCGAAGCAAGUCUUUCACCGGCUUCCUCACAGGCGUAUGCGCCAUUAUUGGCGGUACCUUGACCGUCGCCGCUGCCGUCGACAGAGGACUCUAUGAGGGCGCCAUUCGCGUGAAGAAGUUACACAAGGGAUGAACGAUACAGCAGAGUAUUCUGGCUUCUCCCACCUGUCUCUCGACUGUUUUCAAACUCCACAUUAUCGCUGCAACCCACAGUUUCCCUCCACCAUCACAAACAUCUCAGCAGCACGCUCAAUAUUUUGAGAAUCCCUACGUCUCUCUCCAUUUUUUUUUUCAUCUUGGACGAUAUCCGAAUAUAUCUGUAUUGGUGAUAGCCAGCCUCGUCCUGUCAUUGUUUCAGAUCAUUUUGUUGGUGUCUUUAUACCGGUCAGGUGAAUGUAUAUACAGAGCGGAGUUAUAAACUGGUUCAACAUUUUAACAAUUAAAGAAGUUUUUUUCUCCCC